GUUUAAUUACCAAAUAGACCCGUAGGCGAAGAGGCGGAACAGAGGCAAAUGGAGGCGGGGAAAGGGUUAGGAAGGCCGGCGGUCGCUAUCAGCGGAGAGGUGGAACGGUUAGACGGCAGGACUCUGAGCUAUGACGAGUUUGUGGAGCGCUAUCUGAUGCCCAACCGCCCCGUCGUCCUCACCGGACUCAUGGACGACUGGAGGGCCGCAGCCGACUGGCUUUCCCCCGACGGUCGCGGCCCGAACCUCCAUUUCUUCGCCGAUCACUUCGGUAAAUCCGUCGUCCAGGUUGCUGAUUGUUCUACAAAAGAGUUUACAGAUCAGAAACGGCAAGAGAUGACUGUGGCGGAGUUCAUCAGCUAUUGGCUCAAACUUUCAUUGGAAAAAGGAAGGAGUGUCUUGUGUAAUGAUGAAAGCAAACCUUUGCUAUAUCUUAAAGAUUGGCAUUUCAACAAGGAAUACCCUGAUUAUGUGGCUUAUACGACCCCUCCAUUUUUCACUGAUGACUGGCUCAAUCUAUAUCUUGAUAGUCACUUGAUACAUAGAGAUUCAGACAUUCACCGUGAUAAAAAUGAAGCUAAUUGUGCAGACUACCGUUUUGUUUACAUGGGACCAAAAGGCACAUGGACUCCUCUUCAUGCAGAUGUUUUUAGGUCGUACAGUUGGUCUGGAAAUGUUUGUGGGAGAAAACAUUGGUUCUUUCUACCACCUUCCCAGUGUCAGCUUGUGUUUGAUAGAUACCUGAGAUCGUCAGUAUAUAGUAUUUAUGAUGAUGUCUCUGAGAAAAAGUUCCCUGGAUUUAGAAAGACAAUUUGGUUAGAGUGUAUUCAAGAACAAAAUGAGAUUGUUUUUGUACCCAGUGGAUGGUAUCAUCAAGUCCAUAAUUUGGAAGACACCAUUUCCAUAAACCACAACUGGUUCAAUGCCUAUAACCUUUCCUGGGUGUGGAAUUUGCUGUUGAGAGACUACAACGUUGCUAAGGAAUACAUAGAAGAUAUCAGGGAUAUCUGUGAUAAUUUUGAAGGCCUUUGUCAGCGAAAUCUUGCUGCAAACACAGGCAUGAACUUCUAUGAUUUCAUGAUUUUUAUCACAAGAUACACCCUCGGCAAUAUAGUUCAACUUUUUCAUCUCAAACAUGUGGAAGGUUCUCUUAACAGCUCAGUCACCAGAUCUAACCUUUUCAUCGCCAACCUGAUCUCAGUACGCUCUGUUGCCACGAAAAUGAAAUUCGCCGAGGCAUUCACUGAAGAAAAUAUAAAUAGCUGUUCGGAAGAAAAUCUGAAUGCCUUCUCUGAUAUCCAGAAAAUCAUGCAUGAGCGAGAAUUUCAGGAUCUGAGCAGUGCCUUAAGGAUGACGUAUGAAUGCAUCAACACUAAAUUGAAAGAAGGUUCACUGACAGAAAUAACACGAGACUCUGAAACUGACUCUGCUUUCUUUGAUUUCAUCACUUCGUUGGGUUCGAAAAUUCACGGUCCUGGAGAUCUAGUCGGUUUGAUCGACCGUGUUCUGGAGAAAACCAACUGCAGUAAUUGCAAUAUCAACAUUCCAUGUGAUGCUGAACCUUUUGUUGUUUAGACUUCAGAGAAGUUGCAACUUGCAGUGCAAGAUUAAGAUUUUGAUGGCUAUGGAAGAAUUAAUUUCCUAUCGACUGUUCUUGUAAUUUUUUUUCUUUUAUAUAUAUAUAUAUAUAUAUAUAUAUUUUUGCUUCUUCUUAAAAGUUCAAAGCUGUGUUUGAAGUAAAUACUAAUACUAAAUAGUGAAAACUAACAGUGAAUACUAAUCAGUAAAUAAAAGUAUAGUAGUGUUUUCUGUUCU